AGCAGAGUUGGAAGCGCCUGUGGGAUGAGGGCCAGGUUGCCGGGCUCGGGGGUUAGAGGGGACCUGGACUGAUUUCCCGGGACACAGCCACCACCGAAGAACCUGACUGGGAGAAAGAAGUUGGGGAACCAGGUCUCCUGCCGAAGUCACAGGAACCCUCUGCAGGACCUGAGAGCGCCACAAGGUGUUUCUGGCUGCCUGCGGGGACUGAUCAGCCAACGACCCCCACAAAGAGCUUCAGACGCUAUCGCUGUGUAUGAGAAUGGAUUAUUAUAACAGCUCCCCCACUCCUGCUUACGAUGAUGAUGAUUACGGAGUGUAUGAAAGUGACCCCAUCAUGGUUCUGGAGGAGUCACCGUACGUAGAAGGCAGGUUGGCCAGAAUCUUCCUGGUGGUGGUCUACAGCAUUGUGUGUUUCCUCGGGGUCCUGGGUAAUGGCCUGGUGAUCAUCAUUGCCUCCUUCAAGAUGAAGAGGACAGUGAACACGGUCUGGUUCCUCAACCUGGCCGUGGCGGACUUCCUGUUCAAUGUCUUCCUCCCGAUCCACAUUGUCUACGCCGCCAUGAACUACCACUGGGUUUUUGGGAAGGUCAUGUGCAAGAUCAGCUACUUCCUGCUCAUCUACAACAUGUACACCAGUGUCUUCCUGCUGACCAUCAUCAGCUUUGACCGUUGCAUCUCUGUGCUGCUCCCGGUCUGGUCCCAGAACCACCGUAGUGUCCGGCUGGCCUACAUGGCCUGCAUGGUCAUCUGGGUCCUGGCUUUCUUCUUGAGCUCUCCGUCCCUCAUCUUCCGGGACACAGUCGAUCGGCAAGGGAAAAUUAUCUGCUUCAACAACUUCAGCCUGUCAGCAGCAGGCUCUGACUCACAGUCAGGUCACUCUGGACAGGACCCUGUGAGCUUCACCCGACAAAUGGUGGUGACCAUCACUCGCUUCUUCUGUGGCUUCCUGGUCCCAGUCCUCAUCAUCUCAGCCUGCUACUUCACCAUCGUCUGCAAGCUGCGACGCAACCGCAUGGCCAAGACCAAGAAGCCCUUCAAGAUCAUCAUGACCAUCAUCAUCACCUUCUUCCUCUGCUGGUGCCCUUACCACACACUCAACCUCCUGGAGCUCCACCAUGCCAAUGUGCCCAGCUCUGUCUUCCACCUGGGUUUGCCCCUGGCCAUGGCCAUUGCCAUUGCCAACAGCUGCAUGAACCCCAUUCUGUAUGUCUUCAUGGGUCAGGACUUCAAGAAGUUCAAGGUGGCCCUCUUCUCCCGCCUGGUCAAUGCUCUGAGUGAAGACACAGGCCACUCCUCCUUCCACAGCCACAGGAGCUUUACCAAGAUGUCCUCGAUGAAUGAGAAGUCCUCUGUGAAUGAGAGAGAGACCAGCAUGCUUUGAAUGCAUAGGAGUCGCCUAGCAGACACUCUCAAACUUAGAGCCCUGAAGCUGUGCCUUUUUCAAGACCAACGCAAGAACUACUUCAGUAUUUUGCCUGGGCAUGAACAAGGUUUGGGGCUGGGAAUUCAGGGCUUGGGAGCCCUUUCUUCAAGUGGCAUGUGGGCAGAGCCACAUCUUGUUUACAGCUUCAGACCAGCAUCCCUGCUUCUUGGGAGUCUUGCCUUGAACAAUGCAAGUAAAAAAGGGGGUGUUCUCAAGGAUGUUGCCAUGGAUGGGGACUGGCGUCAGACAACAGGAUUAAGCUACCUACUAUGCUCUCCCCAGGAAAGACUCAAGCACUCUACAGGUCCAUUCCUGGUGUGAGCAGAGGUAGUAUCAGAGCAAACCCCAUGUCACACUCACCCUGUACACCCUUACAGGGAUAGAAUUAUCUGCUUCAACAACUUUCGCCGUCAGUGGCUGGCAGAAUUGAGUGGACAGAAAUCCCACCACUCAAGCCUGUACAAAUGCCCAGGUUCCUGGGGGAGGAAGACAACCUAGGAGGCCAACUUCCAAGACCUUGCACUUGGCUUUCAGAUGAGCUGUGAAGACAGACAAUAGGCCCUAGGGGGUCACGUGAGCUCUUUGUUAGAACCAUACAAAGAGGGCUGCAGUGAAGACUUGGGUCUGGGAGAAGGCACAGAGGAAGCAGGCCCUUCCAAGAGCUCUGGAGCCUCCCACAGCUUAGGGGUCAGCUGUCUUGGGGAGUGGGUUAGGGAUGGCUCUGGCUCUGCUCUUACUUUGCACUUCUGAGUGGGACAGUCUGGGGUAGCUAUGGCUACCGCCUCCAUUUCUCCACAGGGAUUCCUCCCUCCUUCCUCACCCGCUUGGCUUUGGCUGGAGAUGUUCCCAAGUCAGAAUUCCAGAGGGGCGGGGAUGGGAGUGGCCAGGUGUCCCUGUCCUUCUCUACUGCCUCACAGCUUUCCUAUAGACCAGCCCCAAAGUGAGUUCCACAAGCACCCUGGGAGCACUUGCAGGGCAAAGCGCUGAACUUGAACUUGAAACAGAAUCUGGAGCCUGAUUCUGUGCCAUGAAGGUGCAUAGCACACUGCUUUUCCUCAUCGAGCACGACACCUUCCAGUGCUUCAGUUUCCACUUACAAGUGACAGAGCUCAAGUUCGGGGAAGGAAGCAACUCAUUCAACGUCACACAGUGAGCCAGAAACAGAGUUAAGAUCUGAGCCCAGCUUGGUCUGGGCCCAGAAUCCUGUUCUUUUCUGGAGAAUGCAUUUAUUGAGAAUAUUCUACACAAUGAUACUAAUCUACAUUAUUUAGCACUUCCUAUGUUAAGCACUUUAUACUUUAUCUCAUUUAUUCCUACAUGAGUUAGGUUCACUAUUACCUAUUACUUUGCCUUUACCCAUGAGCUGUCAGAGGUUCAGAGAGGUUAAGUCACUUGCCUGAGGUACUCAGCUGGUCCCUCUGCCAGAGCCUUAAUUUAAACUUACAUUUGGCUCAAAAAUCUGCAGAAAUCUUGAGGUUUUGACCAUAACUAUCGAAUCCUCAGUGGGUUAAUGCAAACAUCUUAACAGCCUUUGCAUCAGCUUUGCAAAUGUUUUCAAAAAUGAUCUAACAUGGCAAAAAAAAAAAUUUACUUGCCCUUCUGCUUCCUUGACACGCACGUCAGUAGGCACCCAGAAGGACCCCCAGCUCCUGCACCCCUGAGUGCUCCAGACUGCAGUGGGGAGAGGAUCCUGGCAGGAAGCAGCCUCUUGUGGUCAUGAGGCCCUCUGGCCCCCACAUGUCCACAUUCAAUUCAGUUGCGAUCCUCUCCGUGGCGAAGCCAACUCUCCAAGAAGCUGCAGUGAGCAGAUGUAAUGUCUACACAGCAGUAAGUUCCUGAGGCCACAGGCUGUUUGGCAUCACACUUCAUUAAGAGACAAAUUGUUUCUUUCCUCCUUGGGUCUUGGAGCUGAUGACUAGGCAGCUCUGAAUUGACCCGGGGCUGGGCUUCUGCUUGCCUCAAGCAGUCUGAACAUGGGCAGUUUGAGAGCAAGAGGGGAGCCUGCUGGCUGCCCGGCCUGCCCUCCCUCUCCAAGGACACAAAGCUGGUGGCUGAGGCACCAGGCGCCGGGGCCCCUGCAGGUCCCGCAGAGUACGUCAGCCACCAGGACUGUUCCCCCAGGCCCGUGCUUCUUCCCAGGCCUGGUUCUCACUCCUCCCUGGCUGUGUGGAGGCCAGGCCUGGCCGAGCAGGAAUCAUUUUGUUGUUGGGAAAGCUGAUGAACAGGAGCAAAAUUCAAACCGGCUGUUUUCCCCUUUCGGGUCGGGCCUCCUUUCUGGCUGCCCACCAGUCUUCCUGCCCUGACUGUGGUUUCCCAUUAAAUGUCCAAAUACAACCACAACCGCCCCUUUAACCUCGUCCUUACAGA